GGGAGAGAAAGCGUCUGGAGGAAGGGAUCAGAGGAGACAGACGACAGGAGCCGAAGGCUGAUUCAGAACCACACAAACAUGCCCAAUUUUGAAGGAACCUGGAAAAUGAAAAGCAGCGAUAAAUUUGAGGAGUUGCUCAAAGCUCUGGGUGUGAAUCCAAUGCUGAGGAAGGUGGCAGUGGCGGCCGCAUCCAAGCCCCAUGUGGAGAUCAAGCAGAACGGUGAGCAAUUCUACAUCAAGACUUCCACCACCGUCCGCACCACGGAGAUCAACUUCCAUAUCGGAGAGGAGUUUAAUGAGGAGACAGUGGAUGGGAGAAAGUGUAAGAGUUUGGCCACUUGGGAAACAGAAAACAAGAUUUACUGCAAACAGACUCUGCUAAGCGGGAAUGGCCCAAAAACAUUCUGGAGCCGAGAACUCAAAGGGGAUGAACUCAUUCUGAUCUUCGGAGCCGAUGACGUGGUGUGCACGAGGAUCUACGGACGAGUGCAGUAGAAUCCACGUUUCCACCAACAAACCUCUCCCAUUUCUCCAGUGAGAGAAUUUUCAUGUUACAUCAGCAUCCAGGGUUUUACAUCUUCAUGGAAAACACAAAUGGAUAUUAAGUAUUGCGGCUUUGUUCCUUUUUGUAUAUAAUUUUCUUUAGCAUUGAAAAUUAAAACAAUCAAAAGCAGGUUUUUUUUGGUCAUACUGUUCAAUCUAUGCAUCUGAUCUUUGACCCUGUGAACAAUGAAAAAGAUGCCGUCAGCAGCAGCAGCUGCAGCAGUUUGAAUACUGACUAGUGCAGAUUUCACAUCAAGGAGCAAUUUGUAAUAAUUUUUGUUUAAACCUUUAAAAUGUGCCGAGUUGUCCAAGAUAUUCUGUGUUGUCCUGUUUGUUUGGUCCAUUCUUACAGAGUGCACCAGUGACAAAUAACUUUCUGGCCAAAGCCACAAACCAAAGAAUGAGGACAAGCUUCUAGAAAGGUAAAUUUAAUGCGAGAGUGCCUUACACCCUCUUUUUCCAGCCAGCAGGUGGGGACUCCCCUGGUUUCAGAAGAACUCUGAAUGUAUGAUUUAAGCUUUAAAGCUUUAAAGCAUUAAAGCUCUUCUAGUAGUGACCCAAAAUACAAUGAACCUGAAAAUUAGCAACAUUGCUCCAUGAAAUAACCAAUUUCAUAUAAACAUGAGGCAGUAAUAAAGAAAUAAAGUGAUCAGCUGAGCUUCAGUCUAUUCAAAGGAUAGUUUAAUGCCAAACACCAUACUAACACUCAUGUACAACAUCAGAAAAGUCAAGAGAAGAGACAAUAAACAAGGUACAAACCAUGUCUUUAUGUACAAUCAGCUCCGCGGGACAUCCGGUGGUGUUCUUUAUUAAACACACUAAAUAUAAAAAUAAAAACCCAGAUAAUAAAACUGUUCCAAGAUUGUCUGUAGCUGGUAGGUUACUGACCAUCACCUUUGAUGCAGAUCAGAAAUAUGUAAAUGGAUGAAAUUUUGUCAGACAGCUUCUCUUGGCUGCAUACAUUUCUGUAACGUAAUGAAAAGCCUGUUGCUCGUAUGUCGAGUAUUACGGAUGCCUUCCAAUCUGACCUGUCCUGCUAAAUCCACAAACCCAGCAUCAAUACGCAAAGUUUAUAGAGGAAAAGGCAAUAGACAUCCUUAGCUUACAUCCCUGUUUUAAGGGAAUACAACAUUCACAUUUGUAUUUCAGCUGCAAAUACAAACUGAUAAAACUGCGACUGAGAGAAUUAUUGCUUGUUUGUUUUCAUCAUCCUUGAACUGUACACAAGUCACACGGCUGACAUCACGUAUAGACUGUACAUCAGUCAGUGUUUGUUGGCAGCACUGGGCAUAAAAAUAAACACAACUUAUGUACAGUUUUUAUAGGUGAGACCACAAAGCUGUCGUACAGAUUCUAACCAUUUGGUAAAGUUAAAAUACAACAAAAAGUUAAUAGUACUGUUAAGACUGCAGUAUUGAAAAAAGGGACACAGACUGUACUUUCCAAAAGGAGAGAUUGCUGCUCAGCUACAUUCAAUCAUCUUAAAACCACGAGUGAAAAUCAUGUCAAAAACUGAAGGUAGAAAUGCGCAGAAAGGGCUUUUAUAUAAAAUGGGUCAUUUGUUCCUACUGAAUGAAGACAACACAACGGACCAAAAGGGAGAAAGAGCUCUAUAGAACAUCCUUUGGUAAAAAAGUUACAAUUUUGCAUUUUCUUAAUAAACUUCUCUGCAACCUCUAACUAAAGACUGACACUAUGUGUGUGUUAAUGUUCGCUACACAUCAAUAACAUCUGAUAAAAAAAAAAAAAAAAAAAA